AUGCUUCGCGCACACCGUCUGUCGAGCAAACUCGGUGGUAUAUUGAGCCGUAAAUAUGCCAAUGUCGCUGCCUCGCCUGUAGUGGUCACAAAGUCUAAAACAGGAGUUGCAGUUAUUUCGGUUGAAGAUAAUACCCCUGCUUCUUCUGUCGCCCUUGUGGUUAAGGCUGGUCCCCGGGCGGAGACGACCGAUAGUGCCGGAGCGGCCCACUUUCUAAAGAAUUUUGCCUUUAAGAACACUUCUGCACGAACCGCAUUUCGCACCACACGUGAGGCGGAACUGCUUGGCGGUGUCUUGUCCGCAAAUUUGACCCGGGAAUCCCUAAUCAUCUCAGCUGAGUUUCUGCGUGAAGAUCUUCCAUAUUUUAUGGAACUUUUGUCCGACAUCAUUUUCAAAACCAGCUACCAUCAACACGAAUUCUCUGAUGUAAAAAAGAAAGUUCUAUUUGAAAGAAAUGCCAUGAAGGUUUUCCCUGAUGUAGUUGCAUUAGAUACUGCUCAUUCGGUUGCAUUUCGUCAUGGGCUUGGCAACUCACUGUUUGCAAAUGAUUCCACAAAAGUCAAAAGUAGUCAAGACGUCAGCGAAUUUGCAAGCAGAGUUUACACCGCACCAAACAUUACGAUCGUGGGCACGUCCGUAGAUCACCAAGAACUAUUAAAUACGACUGAUAAACUAUUCCAAAAUAUCGAUCAUUCUGUUCCUCCCACCCCAAUAGCUUCUAAAUAUUAUGGUGGGGAAGCAAGAAUUGCUGCAGAUGGAAUUAGCCAUUAUGUUCUAGCUUUUGCUGGUGCGCCCGCGGGUACGCUCGAUUAUGCAACACUUCAGGUUUUACGUUCGCUCAUAGAUGGCGAGAAGCAUACAAAAUGGGGUGAAGGUGUAAACGCUUUAGCUCAAGUCGUGAAUAAAUUUGAAGGCACACAGGGUACCGCCUUCAAUGUGGGCUAUUCAGAUGCCGGUCUUUUUGGCGUAUACGUUUCAGGAAUAGCCACAUCCGUAUAUCAAGUUUUACGAGCGGCCGUAGAAGAGUUGAAGCAUGCCUCUGCAGGUGUACCCAAAGAGAAAUUUGAACAAGCUUUAGCCAAAGCCAGGAAUAACGUCGCCGCUUCGUAUGAGACACGUUCAUCGAAAACCGAAAUCUUUGGUAGUCAGGUUUUAUUAACAGGUAAAGUUAUCUCUCCUGCCGAGGCUGUAGCUCAAUUUGAUCGUGUCAAAAUCGAGGACGUAAAAAAUGCUGCCAUAAAAGUUCUCCAGUGCAAACCCACAGCGAUUGCAGUUGGUGAUAUAAACUCAUUGCCGUAUUCAGAUGCGCUUUCUCUCUAA